CCACGUGAGGGUCUGCAGCUACCAAUUCACCCAUCUCCGCGGGCGCGCCGCUCAGCACGGUCCAUAUACCUCCCAAGAUAACGAAGGUCGGAGAAUGGCCUUGACGAGCUUCGUCAAGGCCAUGAAGACCCUCGCCGUCGACACCUCUCUCCAUCGUUGUUGUCGGCGCCAGAUGGUUCUACUAUCUAAACGACCGUCGAAGACGUCCAAGAUGUCCAAGACCGUCGAAGACGUCCAAGAUGUCCAAGACCGCCGAAGACGUCCAAGAUGUCCAAGCCCGUCGAAGACGUCCAAUUCGAAGAUAUCCAAGCGAAGACUGGAAGACCGGAAGAUCGUCCAAGGCCCGACGACGUUCAAGACUUAAGACUGCCCAAGGGGGGCCUGUAUGCGCACAAGGGGGAGAGGAGAAUGGAUGGGCGGAAAGGUUAAGUAUGGGGACGGUACCUUACUGACGGCGUUACUACAGGCACGUUACAUAGGACGGAGCGCGUUAGCGAAGGGCGUUACAUAGGACGACGCGUUACCGAAGGGCGUUACAUAGAACGAUCGCGUUACCGCAGGGCGUUACCUAGGACGAUCGCGUUACCGCAGGGCGUUACCUAGGACGAUCGCGUUACAGUAGGGACGGUCUCUCCUCUGCAGCGGCUCGUUACAAUCGCCUUCGACGUUCUGCAGCAGCAGCACUCCUCUCUUCUCCGCAUGAGCACGGGGCGUUCUUGAGGUGGUUUUAUGCCCGUGGCAGAACUAAUAUAUUUUCCCCUUUUCCCCACAUGUUUCCCGAGCGAAUGACCCCCACCUCAUCGUGGUGCUCGGGUGAACGCUAGGGGCUUGCCCCUAGCGGCCAAGAGGGGUCAAGUUCCAAGUUGCAGGUUGAGAACAAGUGACUCGCAGGGGUUAUGGUUGGAUACGUCGGUUUUUAGAAAUUGGUUGAGAACUACUCUCAUGUAUGCCUUUGUUUUUAUAAGUGGCAUCCAAAAUGCCUUCAUGAUGAUAACGGC